AUGGUACUCGAUCUCGUGGAUCCUGAGAGGAAGUUGUCCUCUGGCAGCUGUCGCGUAAGACAUCGGACGGAGGGAUCUUUCCACCACGCAGUAUUCCUGAAGAUUGAGCGCGAUGAUGAAGUUCCGCAGGAGUAUGUUCUCAAGAUACCUGCACACGGUGCACCAAAAGAGUGGGGUAUGAACGAUCUACCAGAGGUUGUCGCAUACGACGGCGGCCUAAACAAUACGAUAGGCGCGCCGUACAUACUCAUGAAGAAGAUCAAAGGUAUAGCGGCGACGGAUCUGUGGCUUGGUCAACCCUACAGGAUGUUCAAAUCUGACGAUCUGCACCUUGAGGCCGACGACCCUUCGCCGGAGGUCGAGCAAAGGCGCGUUACCUUUCUGCGCUCUCUUGCGCAAGCUAUGAGCCAACUUGCGACACUCGAGUUCCCAUAUACUGGUGUCCCUAGCUACGAGCAUCCGGAAGAUAAGAACCCAAAGUUCAUCGCACCAGCAUGGCGAUGGCACUGCAAGAUGAACAUGGAAGAGCCGACGUCUUAUGGAUCAUUUGCGUCCAGCGAAGCUUUUUUCGCUGCUGGCCUCGACAGGCUAUGCGAGCCCGAGAGCCCUCUUGAUAGCGAUGGAAUGACAGAGCUUGGCGUCCAGAUAGUGAUGAGGAUCAUACUGUCUUCGGCUCCGUUCAAGCCGUCCACGCCCUUACAGGGUGAAAUCUCUCGGGCUGGGUACGGUAGCCACACCAUACCGGUGCGCGAAGCAUUUGUCAUCCGACAUGACGAUCUCGACCUCCAGAAUAUCCUGGUGGAUGAAGAUGGUAAUGUGACUGCUUUCUUCGUCGCGACUGGCUCCCAGACUACGGCUUAG